GCGGGGUUGGGUAGGGACCUCAACUCUCAAUGACCACUUCAACAGCGGCUGCUUGCAUCCCUCCACGUGGCGCCGCGGCUCGCACGGCUGACACGGACCUAGCGACGACACGCACAGGACUUCUAGCAUCCGGCUGCGCAAUGGACAAGGGGCCACCACUCCAUGCUGCUGCAGCCGCUGCUGCUGCUGCUGCCUGCCUUCACGUGGCGAUCAUCUUCACCUCGAUUCCACUCGCAGCCGCGAAAUCGAACUGCCAAGACGGAAAUGUUGAUUGCCAGGACCAAUAUCGAGGUCCCCUAGGUGCCUUUGGGCCUCCUGGCCCUCCAGGUUUAGACUGCGAGCGUGGGAUGAGUUGCUGCAACGCUGUCAAGGGAGACAAGGGGGAUCCGGGCACCGUAGAUGGACCCUUCCAUUUGGACGCGUGUCCUGGCGGAGAGAAGGGGUACAGCGGCGCGAUGGGUUUUGCGGGAAUGUCAGGCCCUCCCGGACCCAGAGGUGUCCCCGGGCAAUUCGGGCCUAGUGGGAGGCCUUGCAAACUCGCGCCACCAGGGCUGAACGGGAACCCAGGAUCCCGUGGGCAGUCAGGGCCUCCGGGACCCACGGGAUUAAUGGGACCACCGGGAUUCUCUGGACAGGAGGGGUUUAAAGGUGUCACGGGACUGAGAGGCGUUGCGGGCGAUGGCUGCAUACUUGGACCGCCGGGCCCUCCAGGCGUUCGAGGCAGAAAGGGAGCUCCUGGGCUGUGCGGCAUCAUGGGAAUGACUGGACCUCUUGGCAAAAAAGGAGAGAUUGGUGCACCCGGUUUUCCAGGACCCGUUGGCAUUGAUGGGAACUGUGGAGUGACUGGCCGGCCAGGCCCACCGGGCAACCCCGGCAUCAUGGGCUCAAUGGGAUUCCCGGGAACGCCUGGCUUUCGUGGGGGUGUUGGACCAAGAGGGCCGGUUGGGGAUCCAGGUGGGUUGGGAAUGUCGGGUGGUAUUGGUUCUCUGGGCCCCCCCGGGGCAAUCGGAGAGCCCGGAAUCAUGGGGCCUCGUGGAAUGGGAAUUCCUGGAGAUGCGGGCCCACAGGGACUUCCAGGAGACGCAGGCCCGCCUGGCGCUCGCGGACCGUGCGGGAUGAUGGGUCCUCCAGGUUUCAUGGGUCCUGCUGGACCGAGAGGAUAUGUGGGACAGUGCUCGGCCAGCUGCAAUCAGCCGGGGCCUCCGGGGCAUCGUGGAAUCCCAGGUCCUCCAGGACCCCCAGGCUCAGCACCUUCACCUGCCAAUAAUCCGCGACAUCCCUGCGAGCCAACCGAUUAUCCGCGACAUCCCUGCGAGGCCGCGUACAUUCAGCCAUAUCAAUAUUUUAAAUGUUCCACCGACUACACUGAGCGCAUUCCUUAUGUACAAACCACCUAUCGCCUGCAGCAAAACCCCAAUGGCACGAACGUCGGCAAGUUGCAGCGCCCCCCGUCCAAAUCAUUGCCCAAGGACAUCUACCGGUUCAAAGACGAGACCAAGAAGUCCAAAAUGAAGCUGACUGACUUUGUGCGCAAGGCCUCUGAAGCGAAAAAGAAAAGAUCCCUGCGGUCCAUCAACGCCGGCCGCGGCGCGCCCUUCCCAGCCUUCACCGUCAAGUCCCUGAAUCUGCAGCCCGCGGCAGGCCAGGCAGUCAGGUUCGACAGCGUCAUCUUCGACGCGAAGGCUCAGUACAAUCGAUCGAGCGGCGAGUUCAUGUGCAUGAUCAGCGGCAUCUACAACUUCGCCUACAGCCUGGACACGGAGGAGCACGUGUGCGCGGGACUGCACAGGAACGUGGCCUCCGUCGUCGUCACGGAGAGCUGCAACGGCGCUCAGGAGGGCUGCCCCGCGGGUCGUUUCUCAGAGAACGUUGUCCUGGAGCUGCGGACCGGUGAAACCGUAUGGAUGGAGUUUUACUCGAAGGCUCCAGCGGUCAAGCUGGCACCUGGCAAGGCGCAGCUUACUUUCUCGGGACACCUACUGCACGAGCUCAGCAGCAACGUCCCACUGGGGGAAGACCCCGGGGCCGGCCCAGGACACGCUGAAUGGGAAAGUGCUGCCCUCUACUGUGUGUGGAUCAGAGGCCACGAGAAGGUACAACUCCAAGGUACCCUUCUGUCCAUGGCUGUUGCACAGAUCCUCACGAUGAAGAGGAAGGAGUUGGUCUAUGCUUUGCUGCUGAGCGUCACUUUUCACUGUAGCCAUGGAGCUACAUAUCUAGAUCCUCGCUGCCAGGCCAAUGGCUACCGGGACAUUGGCUUGCCUGGUUAUCCAGGACCUCCGGGGCCCCCUGGCUCGAAUGGGGUCUGCAGGGCGAAUGACUGCAGGGGACAGAAAGGAGACAAAGGAGACCCCGCGCUGGCACAGCCAUGCGUGAAGGGAGCAAAGGGCGAGAAGGGAAAUUUGGGGUUGAUGGGAUUCCCUGGCGACAGUGGCUCGACUGGUCCACGUGGACUGCCUGGUCCGCCCGGUUCCCCAGCCGCACCUGGAGAACCUGGACCGCCGGGGGCCAAAGGAGAGAAAGGCACUAAAGGUUGCUCUGGAGCACUUGGAAGUCAAGGUCUGCAAGGUCCUGUUGGUAUCCAGGGGCUGCCCGGGCCAAAGGGAGACACGGGUCCGAAGGGCCUUCCCGGAGGGGAUGGUAUAAUGGGACCUCCAGGGACGGAAGGACUAGAGGGAAUACAAGGGGACCACGGGGUUCCAGGAGAUAGAGGACUGCCAGGUGGUCCAGGCUUGAAAGGGCAUCCGGGGAGAUCCGGCCCACCUGGAAAGCCGGGUGGCGGAGGGAAGGAAGGGCCUCCCGGCCCCGUGGGUGCUAUUGGGCUCCCAGGAAGGCCAGGGCCAGCAGGGAUGCAGGGGCCGCUAGGUGUACAGGGGGAGUGUGGACUCUCUGGGCCGCCGGGUAGUUCUGGCUUUCCAGGCCCGAAGGGAGACCCAGGGCCUCAGGGUGACCCAGGAAUCCCAGGGCACCCUGGGCCCUGUGGGCCUCCUGGAAAGGGACCAUGUGGACCUCCGGGAGAAAGAGGGAAUCCAGGAGCAUCAGGUAUGACGGGACUGAUGGGGCUGCCGGGACCACUGGGGCUGGUGGGGCAAGUUGGACCGCCGGGACCGAGAGGUGUGUGCAAUGAUAACUGCUACUGCCAGCCGGGGCCACCCGGCCUCCCCGGCCCUCCAGGCCCACCCGGCAAUAACCACACGCCAAGUCCGUGUCCUCCAGUAACUCCCCAACAACCGCCUAUUAGACGUGCUUGUGAAGUAAAUUUCUCGUCACAUUGUCCUCCGUGUCCCACGCGUCUGACGGGCUCGGGUAGGAAAGCUAGGCGUAAGGCGUUGUCGACGAGUGCACGUGCUUUCUUAAACCAUUCCAGAUCGUCUUGGCCACCAAAGGUGACCGAGGUGGCGUUUAACCAAAGUCGCGUCGGAGUUGGUGAAAGGCCGAAGCUGAAACGGGCUCAGGGUAAAUCCAAGGGCUGCUGUCCGGACUUGGCAGCGUUCACGGUCAAGUCCUCCAUGCUAAACCCCCGCGUCCCCUCCCGCAUCAAAUUUCGGGAGGUCAUCUACAACAGGGGAAAUCACUACAACAGCACCUCAGGUAAAUUCCAGGCCGCCCUCGCCGGCGUGCACAACUUUGCCUACAGCUUUAACAGCGACAUGGACGUGUGCGUGGGCCUCUACAAAAACGGCGAGGUCGUCUCCCAAAACUGCAACGGGCCGAAGCAAAGUUGCAGCGUGAACGUCUUUGCUGAGAGCGUCUUGCUGGAGGUGGAAGUGGGCGACAGCGUGUGGCUGGAGCUGUCGUCGCAACGAGAGAACACGCAAGGGGGGGCUGAGAAUAAGCUGCAGGCCACAUUCUCCGGAGUGCUGGUGUUCAUGGGGUCAAGCGUAUACAGAGAUGGUUACGUUUAAGGUGCGCACACCUUGUGUGCUAGCCACGGGGUCGGCAACCUUUCAAAGAAGAAGAAGAAGCAUUUUUGUUUUUGUCUUUGACCAAAAUAGUUCCGAGAGCCGCAUCACACGCAGAGCUACUUGUACACAAACACAGCAGCAGGUAUUCAACAGAUGACAAUUUUUUACUUAAAUAAACUAAAUAGGUGAUGGAAUAAACUGCGCUAUUUUAGUUUUCCCCCUUUAGUUAUUCUUUAACAAUACAGUUUGACUGCACAUUUUGUCAUCACCAAGACCCAUUCCCUGCCAUAUUUAAUAAAUUAUCUUUCCGUUAAAUUAUGUUUAAGAUUUAAUAAAAGAUUUAAUUAAAAAAACUGCUGCCUACACGGGGGCAGCCGAAAAGCCGCUAGGGGGCAUCCAAAGAGCCAGAAGGGAGCAGUCAAAGACCCACAAGGGGGCAUCCAAAGAGCAACAAGGAGACAACCAAUGAGUCACAAGGGGGCAUCCAAAGAGCCACAAGGAGAGAACCAAAGAGUCACAAGGGAGCAGUCAAAGAGCCACAAGGGGGCAUCCAAAGAGCCUCAAGGGGGCAGUCAAAGAGCCACAAGGAGACAGCCAAAGUCACAAGGGGGCAUCCAAAGAGUCACAAAGGGGCAGUCAAAGACCCACUAGGGGGCAGUCAAAGACCCACUAGGGGGCAGUCAAAGAGCCACGAGCGGCCAGCCAAAUGGCCACCGCAUGCGGCUCCGGAUCCGCCGGUUGCCGACCCCCUGUGCUAACCGGUCCCCAGGAAUCAUCAACAGCCUUGGGGGUGGUUAUACCAAAAGUGCCUCCCCCCUGUCCUUCCAGAUGUGUUUUGAUCGAAGCAGCCAAAAUGACCAUCGCCUCCCCCCAUCCCCCCGCGUGAUGACUCGUGGAAGGAAUAUAUGCUACUGGUGAACCAAAGCAUUUGUGUUAACACGUGUUUUGGGUGGUUGUGUAUUCACCGGCACGUGUGUUCCUCUUGUGGAAAGUUGCGUUUGUUGCGCUCUUUAAGGAAAAAAGUGAUUUUGCAGAUUAUUUCUCCAUAACUUGGAAGUGGCUCAGGCUAUUAACCGUCUAACACGACUGCGUGGUGUCACGCGCUGCCCAAAAUUGACGUCACCGCAGUGCCGUCAAUUAUCGAUAGGUCGACAGAUUCGACGGGCAAACGCACAUGUCAGGCUGAAAUAAGCGUUAAGUGUUUUUGCCACUAAAUAUGUCGCCUAAUAUUUAACUUCGUUUCAUAAAUACAAGAGUAAAAAAUAUAUAUCAAUUUUAAUCACAGAAAUAAUGAUAGGCCUUUGUUAAACUCAGCUUAAACACAAUAAUAAUCCCAUCUUUGGACAGAUAUUCCAUCAGCCUCAUGCUGUUCUUUAAAUAUAUACUUUAAAUGUAAGUGGUACAUUAAAAUACUUCAUCAUUAAAUCAUCAAUCUUGAUCUGAAGCUUUCGUGACUGCAGGAAUCCAUACUCUUUGGUUAUUUCGGUAAAGUCAUCAUUCGUCAAAUAAACACGCAUGCAAUCUAUAUUUUAAUAUUGAUAAAAAGUUAACUUGCAUUAUAUCAAUGUUCUUUUUUUUUCCUACAUUAACACAUCAGGAGGGUGGCACAGUAGUUUGCACAUUGCGCGAUUAACCCAGCAACGCGAGUUAGAUUCUCAACCGCGACUAUCAUCAAAUGGUGAAUUAAACCUUAACCAGCCCUGGGCCUUCCUCUUUACCAACCCGCACUGACUAUUACGGUGAAGCAGGGAAGCUGCCAUCCAGCAGUGGAUUGAAAUAGGGUUUGAGAAUUAUUAUUCAUAGUGAAGAGUCUUGAGUUAAAAAGACGCUUAAGUUGAUUGACGCCUUCACGUUAUUCAUGUAAGUUCUCGAACUGAGCGUUACAUAUUAUAAACUGCCUCUGCUUUGUAUUGGCUUUAUUUGCAGGUGUAAUAAUACUAAUGGUGCUAAUACGAGUUAUACUUGACGGAGAGCUUGUUGCCGCGGGGGAUAAACAACGCUCACGAUUCACGGUGCACUUCGCAAAAAGUUGACGGGCCGGGCGCUGCUUCCAUCCAGCCGAGUCACCUUGGCAGAGAGAGUUGUUUCAAAGAUUGCACACGCAGGGGCGGGGGAAGGGGGGUGGUGGUGUGCUCUGCCAGGUGGAAAUGGCCAACACGGUGUCACAUGGCUUUGAACCCCCUUUAGACCUCUUUUCCACUGUGCAAACCGAGCCACACCGGGGCCAUUCCAAGGCAGCUCGACACAGUGGACAGGUCGAGACACUUGUAGAUGAUGUACUCAUGCUGUGUUCGAAUAGCACCGACUGACGUCGCAUGCAAUAAACUCCUGAGCGAGAUUCCAACAUCGUGUAAGGCCAGCGCACAUCACUGUUUGGUUCUGGAUCGGGCACAGAACAUAGCAAGCGGAAAACAGCCUGUGCUAUGUGGGGUCCAUGCACUGGCUCGGAUGUGCCAGUGGAAAAGGUGUACCGGUGUGAACUGGUGCUAUAACAUGUACACACACGUAUACACGAUUCCUACUUAGGGGUGGAACGAUUCACCACUACCGGAGAGUCAAAGAAUUGUCACAAUUCAGGAUCGCGGAUGGAUUCACGAAUCCACUUCAUUUGAAGCAUUGUGGUGAAUGGUAGCACCCACCUCAAGUGGCAGCAGACGUUAUGUGCACCGAUUACAUACAAUAUAUAUGAAUAUUAAAAAAGAAUAUCUUUACACUUGCGAUUUAAUGCAUGUAUAUCGUGAGCUCAUUUCAUCUCUUGUCAGCAUUUGUUGAUUUCGCCCUGUCGAUAUGAAUGAUGUUUUCCUUAGAAUGUCUGUACGACUUUACAACAUAUUUUGCCGCUUGAUAGGGAAAUAAAACGUAUAUUUUCC